CCCACAUAUAUUCAGCUCCUCUGCCUCCAAAUUCCCUCCUAAUUUCCGUCGCCAUUUGUCGUCCGGUGCUGAGUUUAUAAGAAUGGAAGCUAAACCCUCAAGUUCGCCGACGAGCCUUGUCGAUAAGUUAGUUGUGCCAGGAGAUGUGGUUAUUGAUCUUUCCACCAUGAGUAACCAGACUAUCAAGCUCGGUGGCGGUCUGCGUCAGGACUGUGAUGCUAUCUCUGUCACGAAGUCUGGAAAAUUGAGGUUCUCGAAGCCAAAUAAAUAUUGGGUGGAAGGCUCCCAGAAAAGGUAUGUGCCUUGUGCAGAGGAUAGUGUCCUUGGAAUCGUGGUCGACUCCAAAGCAGAAAACUUUCUUGUGGACAUAAAAGGACCUACCUUGGCAUUUUUGCCUGUGCUUGCAUUUGAAGGAGGCACAAGGAGAAACAUACCAAAAUUCGAGGUCGGUACGUUGCUUUAUGUUCGGGUUGUGAAGGCAAAUCCUGGAAUGAAUCCCGAGUUAUCAUGCACUGAUGCCAGUGGGAAAGCAGCAGAAUUUGGUGUCCUCAAAGAUGGCUACAUGUUUGAAUGCUCAACUGGUCUGUCAAGAAUGUUGUUGAGCUCACCAACAUGUCCAGUUCUUGAGGCUCUUGGCAAUAAGCUCUCCUUUGAGAUAGCAGUUGGCUUAAAUGGCCGCGUUUGGGUGAACGCCACCUCUCCUUCAACAGUGAUUAUUGUUGCAAAUGCAAUAAUGAACUCAGAAACAUUGAGUGGGGUGCAACAGAAAAUUAUGGUGGAGAAACUGCUGCAGAAAAUCCAAACAUAAAUGGAAACCAAUCAACACUGGAUCAACUCAGUCGACCAUCUUUGAUUAAAUGUAGAAGUUUGAAAACACAGCAAAAUUCGACAGCUACCAGCUCACGCCUUCUGAUUGCCUCCGAAAGGCACGACACCAAGUUUGCAGGUAGAAAGGGGUAUUUAGGAUGAUUCUUGGAAAUGGGCAAUAGCCCCUUUGAGUGUAGAAGUAGAACUAUUGAGGACAAGGAUGCCCUUUGGAACCAAUUUUGUCAAUUUUACCUAAGCUUUUGCUGCAAUUACUUGUUAAAUGAUGCAGAUGAUGUGCAAAGACCUUAAAUGCCAACUGUUCUUAUGCUUCUAGUGAUAUGUCUAGUGCAAUUAAUGGUGGAUGUGAUUUAUUAAAUACAAGAUGUAGGAUUUUAGUACUAUCAUUUAAUUCUUUGUUGUUGAACAAUCCUGUCUUGGUGAUCUAAGUGAACAGCUAAUGUGUCUAUGUAUACACAUAAUUAAUCAACUAUGAUAAUUUCAAAUUUUAACCUAA